AUGCUGACUAAUGUUGGCAAUGGCGAUGCCGAUUACCCCGACCCUCGCACACCCAAGCAGGGCAACUUUGCGACUGUCAACAGCAGUGCACUAAAUGGCAGCGAGGGCAACGCGAUUUCGAGUUUCUUGCUUAUUGGCAAGCUCAAGUCCGUCGUUUACGAGGUUUUGUAUAACUUGGAAAAUCAUGGCCAUUUACAUGAUAUAGAUGAAUUUAUCGCCGUAACGGAAGACUGCCUGAAGGCGCUCAAGACCGUCAAGGUGGAGCGGCGCAUUGAAGCGCGCAGAAUGAAUCUCUCCAUGCGCAACCAGGUCAGCUCUUUAGUGAACACGCUGGUGACGCCGUCGAACAGGGAGCCUGACGACGCGUUAGGUGACGCCGUGCGUAUCUCCGCCACCGCGGUGAGCCAGGGUCCCCAAAACUACAAGGCGGCGCUCCUCAAGCAGAAGCUUCCCUCUCCCAAGCACUCUCCCGUGCGGGCAGAUGUGCAGACAAGGGGCGACGUGGAGGCUGCUCGGUACGCGUCCGCGCUGCGCGCGGAGGAGCGUCAGAGACAGGCAGAGGAGCGCCGGUUAGAUAUUUUGCAGGAGAUGAAGCAGAAGUCAGAGGUGGCUGAUGCCCGGAGCCUGCGCGCCAAAGCGCGGCGCGAGGAGGCUGAAACAAAGCAGCGCAUGGAGACGCAGGAUCGGAUGGACAACGGAGUGCGCCGUGCGGAGGAAGCGCGGCGGCAGACUCGUGAGAAGGCCCAGCGCGCCCACUCCCGUGUGGAGGAGGUGUUGCUCACGAAGGAGCUGCAGCAGCAGAACAAGGCGCUUUUGCUGGGCAAGAAAAUGAGCGAUGUGGAGCAUAACCAGGAGCAGAUGCGAGAGAAACUUCAAAAGCAGGCACAGGAACGGCAGGAGGCAGUGCGAGCUGCCGCUGAGCGUCGCCGAAACUUAAGUCAGGAGCGACAGGAGAAGCAGCAGCAGCGCGAACAGCACCGCUUUGACAAUCUUCGCCGCGUCGACGAGCAGAAGAAAGUGGACCAGGAGGUGAAGCAGCAGAAGGCACGAGAGUGGGAGAAGAAGGUGCAGCAACACCACGUUGACACCACCGCAGAGGCGGAGGCAAAGAGUCGCAAGACGGAGGAAAAGUUUCAGCAGAGUGCCCAGCUGUUGGAGGAGCAGCGGGAGAGGCGGCAGCAGAAACUAGAGCGGCAGGAGCAAAAGCUACGCGAAGCGAAGGAGCGUCGGGACAGGGAGCUGGCGGCUCGGCCGACGUUGGAGGAGAUGAUGCCGCCGCUGUCAGAGCAGGAGGUGGAGCAGCAGGCGUCGCGCUUGUCGCGUUUGUCCACCACAGCGGCGCAUCACGGCAAGGUGUUUGCGGACACGUACCAAAAGAUGUCGGCGCACUCCACCAAGGAUUUGAAUCGCAGCAGGCUGCGCGUUGUUUUCAGCCGCCUCGCGUCAGCCGUGGCGACGCCGUCAGUGGCGCAGUGCAGGCAUCCUUUGAGUGAAGUCUCCGCUGCAACUCUCGGGGAUGUGGACUACGAAUUCGUGCGCUACUUCAACUCGUUCGAGACGCUGGUCAAGGUACUCAUGGAGGCUCGGAAAGCGCGAGACUUCGGGGUCAUGCGGCAGAUAACCGACAUCAUGCUGUCGUGGUUCGUGGAUGAGAAGGAAGGAAAAGAGAACGCGCUGUACUUCAUCAAGAGUGGAUGCACGGUGUUGCUGUUGACGUGCCUGCGUGAUGAGGCUCACUCGCUGCUCCUUCAGCAGAAUGCCGAGGCUCUCCGCUGCACAAUGGAAGUUCUGGGCACGUGUCUUGAGCGUAUCAGCGCGGAAGCACAGGGAUCAGCAAAGUUGGCGCCGGUGCGGGACCAGCUACUCAACGAGAUGGACGUUGUCGGCGUUGACCGCGUGUGCAUCGCAGUACUUCAAACGUGCACUGAGGAAGGCGAGCUACAACUUGCCUACACCGCCCUGUGUAUUAUUCACACGGAACUGAGCGUGGUAACCCGUCGAAAGGGAGAAGUGAAGCGGAACUGGUUUCAGCAGAUCACGACGUCCCUCUUCACGCUGCUGCAGAACAUGCUCACGCCGAACGGAUCGCCGCUGCGGGAGAGUGACGCGAGUCUGUCAUGCGAACGGGUGACUAUACUCUUUUGCCUGUUUCGAACCCUCAACACGCUCGCGCGCUGGCAGCUGACGAAGCUCCAAGAGCUGCUGCACGACGGUUCGACCGACGCGGGGGCCGCUAUGGAGGCGAGGCAAGAGAGGAAGGGUGACAUGAAGCGCACUCCCUCUGCAGACUCGCUGCCAGCACUCAUCACUCGCACGGAGCUGUUUCACGUUCUUAACGGAUUUUUCAUGUUCAUCCACGGCCACCUCGAUGAGCUUGAGACAAUUCCCGCCUCGGAGGACGUCGAGGAGGCGACGGGAAAGGGCCUGAAGAGCUCCUUUACAGAGGCGCUGCAAUUCGGUAUCACAUUGAACACGUUACCAGCCUUCCCUUGCAGCAGCGGCUCCGAUCUGGGCGAUUCGCAGAAGUUAGGCGGCAAGCACUACCACCUACGCGCGACCCUGCACGAGUGCAUCCUCCUCGUCGGUUACCUCUGCUUCGAUGACGCACCGCUCCAAGACAUGAUGGGGUGGGGGAAGAAGAAGCCACUCCUGGGAACAAUGCUGAAUGUGCUGCCCAUCACCUACUUCUCCAAUGCGCGGCAUAUUUUGUUUCCAACAAUCCUCUCCGCGAUUCUUCAAAACAACCGAAACUCGAUGAUUGUCCGCGAAGAGAUGUCCCUGGCGGAACUGCAGCAGUUCAUCUCCCAGGAGUACGAUCCGUUGACCAAGAGGGCAAAAAUGUACGCCCAGGAGCAUCAUAAGCAGCUGGUGGCGCAUAAGAUGGAGACAGAUCCCCGUUUUGCACUCAUGGUGAAGCUGCAGGGUAAGUCGUGGGCGGAGAUGGCGGACGACGAUGACUCCCCACAGGCGACGCCGCGCUCCUCUGAGACAACGAGCACGACGCCGGCGGUGGAGAAGGAGAAACUGUGCAAAGGGCUUCGAGCAAUGUCACUGAACCAAAGCAACUACUUCAAGUUGGAGAGGCGGCUGCCCAUAUCGUAUUGGCCCGCUGCGAUGGAGCAGCUGGAGAAGCUGCGCCAGCUGUAG